AUGAUGCUGGUCUUUCUGCUACCUGCCGUGGCUCUCCUCCUGGACACGCACACACUGGUCUCCGCUAACAACAACAACGAUAAAUGGGCUAAGCACCGUGGCCCAAUACAACAAGGACAGAUCCUGGAACCGAUUCAGAGACUCCGGUGCGAGCGGAGUGUGCUGGGGGCCGUGGAAUUACUUUCUCCGGGAGUCGGAAUAGGACACCAGACAGCUCAGAUGAUGCUGGUCUUUCUGCUACCUGCCGUGGCUCUCCUCCUGGACACGCACACACUGGUCUCCGCUAACAACAACAACGAUAAAUGGCUAAGCACCGUGGCCCAAUACAACAAGGACAGAUCCUGGAACCGAUUCAGAGACGACCCCGCCCUCCCAUCUCAAAUGAAAACAUAA